UUGGUUCCUUGUUGCUUUCACUAUUUUGUGAAAGGGGACGUAAAAAGGAAGGAAGGGGCGAGCGAGAGAGAAAACGACGAAAGAGGAGGGGAGAGAGACGUACACAGUCUGAGCGUCUCAGCGAGGUGUCAGUUGUGUUCAGAGGCAGCUGGGUAAGAAAGAAGAGAAGAGACAACAUGGUUCGAUGGUUCCACAGAGACAUCACAGGCUUGCAGGCCGAAGAAAUGCUAAAGUCUCGAGGCAUUCAUGGCAGCUUUUUGGCUCGACCCAGUAAGAAGAACGUAGGAGAUUUCUCCCUGUCUGUCAGGGUGGGCGAGCUGGUGACCCACAUCCGCAUCCAAAAUACAGGAGACUUCUACGACCUGUAUGGCGGGGAGAAGUUUGCCACCCUGUCAGAGCUGGUGGAGUACUACACAGCGGAGAAUGGCAUCCUACAGGACAGAGACGGCACCGUUAUCGAGCUCAAAUACCCCCUGAACUGCUCCGACCCCACCACAGAGAGGUGGUACCAUGGUCACCUCUCCGGGCCGAAUGCAGAGAAGCUCCUCAGUGCACGAGACGAGCCGGGGACCUUCCUGGUCAGAGAGUCGCUGUCCAAACCUGGAGACUUUGUCCUGUCUGUUCAGACGGACGAGAAGGGCAGAACGGGAGGAAAGCGUGUCUCCCACAUUAAGAUAAUGUGCCAGAAUGACAGGUAUACAGUGGGGGGCUCAGAGAUGUUCGACACGCUGACAGACCUGGUGGACCACUACAAACGCAAGGGCAUCGAGGAGAUCUCUGGGAACUGGGUGCAUCUCAAACAGCUGUAUUACUCCACCAGAGUGAAUGCAGCAGAUAUCGACAGCAGAGUGAAGGAGCUGAAUCAGACUGCACAGCAGCUGCUGGAGGGCGAGGGAGAGAAGAGCAAGGCGGGCUUCUGGGAGGAGUUUGAUAAUCUGCAAAAGUUGGAGGCAAAGGUGAAAAAGAGCAGAGAGGAAGGACAAAGACCUGAAAACAAGAGCAAGAACAGAUACAAGAACAUUCUUCCCUUCAAUGACACCAGGGUCACCCUGAAGGAUGCCGAUCCUAACGUUGUGGGGGCAGAUUACAUCAACGCCAACUAUGUGAAAAACACCCUGUGGGAGUCUGGAGAUCAGAAAGUUUACAUCGCCACUCAGGGAUGCUUAGCAACAACUGUCAAUGACUUCUGGCAGAUGGUAUGGCAGGAGAACACGAGUGUGAUCGUUAUGACAACAAGAGAGGUUGAGAAAGGGCGGAAUAAAUGUGUGCCAUACUGGCCGGACCUUCAUACCUCCAAGGAGAUGGGGCACUACCUGGUGACCUGUGAGUCGGAGAGAGAAGCUACUGAUUAUAAAGUCAGAGUUUUGGAGAUCGCUCUUCUAGCCAAGCCAAAACAAUCUCGUCAAGUAUGGCACUACCAGUACCUCAGCUGGCCUGACCAUGGCGUCCCUCAGGAGCCAGGUGGCGUCCUCAGCUUCCUCACUCAAGUCAACAAUAAACAGGCUGAAUUUCCCAAUGCUGGGCCCAUGAUCAUCCACUGCAGUGCUGGAAUCGGUCGGACAGGCACAAUUUUGGUGGUUGACAUGAUCAUCGAGACCAUUGACACUCAGGGCCUGGACUGUGAUAUUGACAUCCCUAAAUACAUCCAGAUGGUGCGGGAGCAGCGCUCUGGUAUGGUGCAGACAGAGGCCCAGUACAAGUUCAUCUACCUGGCUGUGUCCGAGUACAUACAGACCACCAAAGCCAAAGACAGUGCCUCCAUGGAAGCCGAGACGGAGUAUGGAAAUCUGCAACUCAAACACCAACCAGCGAGCAGGAAGGUCUCAAAAAACAAGGAGGAUGUUUACGAGAAUCUGUCAAAAGGAAAGAAGGAUGUGAAGAAGUCAAAGUCAGACAAGAAAAGUGGCUCAGUGAGAAAAAGAUAGAAGAGCCUGAGAAGUUUUAUCAAAGUAUGUCAUGUUAUUAUAUUUAUGCAAGUGCUCUUUUAUUGAAGAAUUUGUCUUUUAGUGAAGACCUUAUGCAAAAUAAAUUUAAGGUUUAAAAACAGAGACAAGAUCAGUCGUUGUCAUCUCAUGUGACACAUGAAUGCUUGGUUUUUCAAAUAAAGGCAAAUCAUGUGUGUA